GAAGCUUUUUGCACUCCACCACCUCUGGCCGCUGGGAAGACGUCAUCGCUUCCGCCCUACUUCCUCCUCCUGUUGGCGGCGGUGAGAAUCCAAUAUGGAGUAAAUCGGUGGAGUCGAGAGAUGGGGCUCGGACGGGGCGCCCUGCACCGCCUCCCAGGCGCACCUCCCCCGGCCGCCGACCGCUCCCCGGAACCGUGAUUGGCCCGGCCCCCCCCCGGGGGCGACCCCGGGCAGAGCCCCUACCCGCGGCCGGCCCUCUCCUCCUGCUCUCAGCAGUCCCCGCCGCUUCACGGCGCGCUUGUUUUCUCCUCCUCUCCCCUACCGCCGUCCCCUGCCCAAAUCUCUCCCCUUCGCCGACUCCCGAGCCCCCGGAGUCCCCGCCCGCCUCGCCCCUCGGCGCUGCGGCGCUCACUCCUCCCGAAGCUUGCCUGUGCACCCCUUCCUCAGACCUCACCCCGCACUCCGGUCACCCUGCUUCCCCUUCUGCCUUCUGCGGCGCCCCCUUCAUCUCUAGCCGCCCCCCCUCUCCAACCAAAUCAGGCGAUCUCCGGAGAUGUGAAGAAAGGGGGGUGAGCGGACAGGAAGAUGAAGGGAGCAAAGCUGCCCGCCGCGGGACAGGCGUCUAGGUGAACAGGAAAAUGACCGAAGAAACACACCCGGACGAUGACAGCUAUAUUGUGCGCGUCAAGGCUGUGGUUAUGACCAGAGAUGACUCCAGCGGGGGAUGGUUCCCACAGGAAGGAGGCGGGAUCAGUCGCGUGGGGGUCUGUAAGGUCAUGCACCCCGAAGGCAAUGGACGAAGCGGCUUUCUCAUCCAUGGUGAACGACAGAAAGACAAACUGGUGGUUUUAGAAUGCUACGUAAGAAAGGACUUGGUCUACACCAAAGCCAACCCAACCUUUCAUCACUGGAAGGUCGACAAUAGGAAGUUUGGACUUACUUUCCAAAGCCCUGCUGAUGCUCGAGCCUUUGACAGGGGAGUGAGGAAAGCAAUCGAAGACCUCAUAGAAGGCUCAACAACAUCCUCCUCCACCAUCCACAACGAAGCUGAGCUUGGCGAUGAUGACGUUUUUACAACAGCUACAGACAGUUCUUCUAAUUCGUCUCAGAAGAGGGAACAACCUACUCGGACAAUCUCCUCGCCCACAUCCUGUGAGCACCGGAGGAUUUAUACCCUGGGCCACCUCCACGACCCAUACCCCACAGACCACUAUCACCUCGAACAGCCGAUACCAAGGCCCUACCGCCAGGUGAGCUUCCCGGACGACGACGAGGAGAUUGUGCGCAUCAACCCCAGGGAGAAGAUCUGGAUGACGGGCUAUGAGGACUACCGGCACGCGCCGGUGAGGGGCAAAUACCUGGACCCCUCAGAGGACGCGGACUCCUACGUGCGCUUCGCCAAGGGCGAGGUCCCCAAGCACGACUACAACUACCCCUACGUGGACUCCUCAGACUUUGGCCUCGGCGAGGACCCCAAAGGGCGCGGGGGCAGCGUGAUCAAGACGCAGCCCUCCCGGGGCAAGUCCCGGCGGCGGAAGGAGGACGGCGAGCGCUCCCGGUGCGAGUACUGCCGGGACAUGUUCAACCACGAGGAGAACCGGAGGGGCCACUGUCAGGACGCGCCCGACUCCGUGAGAACUUGCAUCCGCCGGGUGAGCUGUAUGUGGUGUGCGGACAGCAUGCUCUAUCACUGUAUGUCGGACCCCGAGGGAGACUAUACAGACCCGUGCUCGUGCGAUACUAGCGACGAGAAGUUUUGCCUCCGGUGGAUGGCUCUUAUUGCCUUGUCUUUCUUGGCCCCCUGUAUGUGCUGUUACCUGCCCCUGCGGGCCUGCUACCACUGCGGAGUGAUGUGCAGGUGCUGCGGGGGGAAGCACAAAGCGGCUGUGUGACUUGGUUUCCCUCCCUCGCCCUCCUCCAUCCACAGCCCCAAGGGAACUUGUCUCCUCCAUCCUCUCAUCUUCUCCCCCGCUCACCGGUACCUGAGGCGCCGCUCCGGCCCGGGGAACCUGCCCGGUGGACUCUGCACCCCCGGCCACCCACGCUCGCACGCACAGUGUUCUAAGGAAGGGAACCUCCGCGCAGACGCUGAUGUGUUAUUAACGAUCUGUAAUCAAGCUUACUGUCUCAUGCUUUGUGCUGAUUUCAUAUCCUUCCUGCCCACCUCUUCCAGUUCAAAGGUGCCUGCAGUGGGUACUGCUGAUUUUUGGUGGGUUUUUGUUGGUUUUUCCAAGAGCACCGAAGGCCAUCUUUUCUCUUGGUUCAGCUUGUCUGUUGCUCACGAACUUGCUUCCUCGGGUUCCUGUGGAAAUGGGAUGUCAGAUGAUGAAACCCUACCAGACGUAUUUUAACCUGCAGUCAGUUAUUCUGUACAGGAGGUGAGCUAGUUAACAAACUUCUACCACAAAGCAAGAUCGCUUUAACUUUUCGAAACCAAACUUCCCAUGUAAGCUGCAGUUUCUAUCUUGAGCCCAUCCUUCAUCUUCUGUCACCACCCCCACCCCCCAGAAAAAUCCGUCAUUCACUGAUGCAAAACAUUCACUUGUAAAAUGACUGAGAAUUGAGCCUUAACUUCAGAUUAACUUGUGAGAAUCAGGAAAAUUCUUUAAACUGCAUUGCAUCCUCUCGGACCAGGGCUAGAAGGGGGAUUUCAGGUUUCUCUGAGCCUCCCCAGUUACCCCUAAUGUAGAACUUUUUAAAAUUGUGUCGCCACCACUUGUAAAAAUUUAGCAAUAUUAGAAGACAAUGCAAAUGAUGUAAGAAAUUUUGCUCAUGGUUUUGCAAACCAAAUCGUCUAUUCAAACACAAACUGGUGUUCUCCAAACCCAGACCAGUUGAGAAACAGUGAGGUUGUGGUAAAUAACACUAUAGGAACUUUUUCCCCUCAGUGGCUAUUUUUCUAUUAACUGGGGGAAAUUUUAAAUGUCAUCAAUUUGAAGAGUGGUGGGUUGCAUUUUGUUCAUGGGUUUGUGUUCUUGUCUUCAUUUUGGACUCAAUCUCACGUCAUCAAAUUCUUCAUUUAUACUUGGGAAAAAACAAGGCCAUAUGUAAAAACCCUUCCAAAGCCUAAGUGUCUUUCUCCUGCAACUCCAAACCCAGACUUACCACUUCGGGUGCACAGAUGGUUAGGUCCGCAGGCUGGGUCUACCUGGCGACUUGCCACGUGGGAGGCCUCUAAUUAGCUGGAAAAUAGUAUUUUUCUAAUAUAUUGCAAGGAAUAGCCAAAUCUUACUGCAGAAAGAAAAGUGGAGCGUGGUUGUUACCUGUAUCUAGCAUAGUACAAUCAGAAUGUCGUGGAGACCCUAGGGGACAGGCUUGUCAACGCUGGCGGAUCUUCCUGCCAUGAUCUUCCUGUGGUAAUUGCCAGCUCAGGGCACGGCCCGAUCCCUCUCUCCCCACCGCCCCCAUCCCUUCUCUGUUGCACACAGGACAUCAGUCUUCAAGGAAAGGGACUGUUUUCUUUUUCCAGGCUGCCAGUCGUGUUGGGACAGUGCUAGGCACGCUUACCUUCAUGGGAAUGCUUUCAGCUUGCCUGAGAGCACAUCGCAUUUCUUUAUCAGAUCAUCCAUGUAAAUACCCAGUGUGCUUACCAGUUCCGUUGUAGAUGUUUUCAUUUGUUGGAGUGGCUGGCUUGGGCCUGCCUUCCGGUUUGGGACAGGAGCAGCGAGCUGUCAAUCUGGUGAUGCAAGAAGAGAGCCGCUUCCCAGCCUGGAGAACAUCUAGAAAACCUUCAAGCAGCCUCAAGACAUUGUUCAGAGACCAUCUUCUCCCCAGACCUGAGGCGUUUCCUCAGGCCCUUUCUCAAGGUCUCCUCUACAAAGCACAACACUAAUAUAUGUUUUGUUCGACCGCAGUUCAAGUGCCCCUAUUUAUUUCAGUAAGAAGAACACAUACCCCGGCCGCUUUUUGUUUGUCACCGCUAGUUAGUCGUUAUCUGUUUUUAUCUUCCUUUCCCCCUUGUCCUCUUCCACCCCUUUGAAGAGUUAACGCUAGUGAGUCUUACUCCGCGUAUCCUUUUUGGUUUGUGAAGAAGGCAGCGGUUAAGGGCACAAGGACAGCCCAGCCAUGGGGACAUUUAUGUAAAUACGUCUCUCUAAUUGCCACACUGCAGCUGAACAGCGUGCAGUGUUUUCCCAGUCAGCUUUGCCAUACUGACGUCAAUCAUCUGAGAGAAAUUAUUCAGAUUUUAUUUUUGUAUCUGUGGUAACAAAACAUUAACCAAAAGAUUUUCUGUUUGGAAGCUUCCCCCACCGACCCCCGUCCCCGCCCCCUCCACCAAGCUGUUUGCUCACAUUAACAAAUUAAAGUGCCUGAAGCAUAAUUCAUUCUUUACCUGUAUACUAAAAACCCCGUUGUAUUGAUUUUUUUAUAAUAAGCCUUUUUACCUCUGUGUAAAAAAUAUAUAUACAAGUGUAUGAUGUACAUUUUAGUUCUUAACUUUUUUUUAUGGUUUCUAAUAUGUAUGACCAAUGUAGCCAUUGCUUUAAAAUGUACCGUGUAAAUACAAACACAUCCUAUCUGA